AUGACCUCGGGGGCCCAGUCAGUAGUGAGCUCAGGCCCAGCUGAAACCCCUCCGAAGAAGAGACUGGCUUCGGUUCCCCCUCCGGGGAUCUACGAUCCAGACCGCAAGGCAGGGACUGGGCCGGAGGAGCGAGGAGGUCAGUCAGAGAUGACCGACAUCGCCAAAGCGAUCCAACAGCAAACGAAUGAGCUUGCAACGUUGGUCAAAGCCCAGCAGGAAACCACGACAGGGGCAGGAGGAUCAUUGAAGAGCCUCGGCAAGACCUCAGAAGAACUGGUAUUUUUGCUGCGUGGGUGCGGCCAGUAUACCGUGCAAGUCGGCAAUGAAGAGUACGGGGCCCCUUUAGCGCAAGCGCUGCUCGCGGCUCAGGCCGGCUCCUCAACAAAGCUUCGGAGUGCAGGCUUCAGACAGAAGGUUACUUCUCGGCUCGCCAUCGGGAUUGCCGGCCCAUACUGGGGGACGCAGGAGAAGUAUGCCCUCAGUGCUUCAGAUUUUGUGCCCUGCACCGACGCGGAGUUGGACCAGUUCGCCAUCGAGAGUAGGACAGGCAAGCCGACAAAUGAGCAGAGGCCAACCGCACCCACUCGUUAUGAGGACUGGCUCAACAGAGUGAAGCGACAAAAUGACAUCUGGGCCCUCGUGUACGGCAUGGAGUGGAAGGCCGUGCGGGAGCAUGCCAUCAACCUGUUGGGAGAGUGGCACGUCAGUGCACCACACAAGUGGCCCCUGCAGGUCCUGCUCGAUGUGUGGGAAGAGCUCCACUGGCGAUUCCUCGAGGAGUUGAAGGAGGAGCUGAGGAAGAUCAAGCGGUUGUCCGGAAGAGAGUCCAUGACCUUGCAGGAUUUGAAGUUCUACGCCCUCAUGCCAGACGAAGAAGGGCGACCUCCUUUGACUCUUCCUCAAACAUUCGAUCUACGGCGUCCUGACGGAUGGUUCAUGUCAGAGGUGAUGCCCCGCAUUGAGAGGCGCCAGGAGAGGAUGCUCUGGAAGAUGACCUGGGAGGGUUCAGGGAAGAGUAGAGCCCAAGGACAACCUGCUGGUGGAGACGGAGGUUCCCGGGAGGAGAAGCCGACUUUGAAAACCCUGUUUGGGCCGAAGCUGACGGCGGAGGAGACGACCCGGGCCAAGGAUCGAGCACCAACGAACAAGGAGGGCAAGCUGCUGUGUUGGGGAUACUUGACCCACCUGGGCUGCUCUCAGCAGGGCUGUCAACGAGCUCAUGAACCACUUCGCGGACCCUUUGAGGCUCUCGAUCCGGCGGUGCAACUCCAGAUGCUUCGGAGAGGAGGCCUGAGGAGGAUGAAGGCGGAGACGAAGGAGUCGGCCGCGGAGAAGAUCAAGGAGAUUCGAGCCGGGGUGGCAAAGGACAAAGCCGCCAAGGUGCAGGAUGGCAAAGAUCGUCGACGGGCCGGACAGGGAGACCCAGCCAAAGAAGGGGAUGCCGAAGGUCCGGAGAAAGCAGGCGGCCAAGUCCAUUGGGAAGCUCCGGAAGAGAUGGUACAGGUGGACUACACCCAACAAGAGAAGGACUUUGCAGACUUGGUGGCGGGCCCCGAUGCAUCCUUGUUUGAGCACGUGCCAAGGGAGGCCAAACCCCAUGCGGGGCGGAAGGGCUCCACUGCCCCCUCGGAGGCGCAGGAUAUGGUGAGAAAGGCUCAAGCUUUAGCCUCGGGCCCAGUCCUGGGAAAACUCCAAGGGGCGUCAGAUGACCUAUAUGCUUGGGCGUCGACAAGGGUGGCCAACGACCCGGAGAUCGCCUUCGACACGCUCAUGGAAGAGAUGGUCCAGUACGGCCUUGGGGAACUGGCCGCAGAGGCGGCAGCUUUACUGGAGGCCUAUGGGCAGGGUCUGAAAGCAGGCCACCAAGCUCGUUGUCAGCUGGAAGACACACGAUGGGAAGGUGAGGGCCCAGGCAGAUCUUUGGCUCACAUCGAUGGCGCCCCGUGGGCUCUGUGGGACUUCGGAGAGAUGGUCCAUAUGACUGAGCUGCUGGGAGUAAUCGAGCCAGAGAAGGAGAAGAGGCAGUGCGUCACGAAGGUGCUGGCGGCCGGACUUCAUCUGGCACAACAUGGGAAGGUCCCCGCAAUGGAUGAGGUCGAAAGAGCUACGCAGGAGUUCCGGCUGGAGCAAGCGAGGCUGGCAGUGGAGGCCGAGGGCGUGAUGGGACAUCCAGAGACUAAGGUCGCCCCAGUCGAGCACGAGCUGAGGAUGUAUGCCCAUGACAUCUUGAAGCCCCACCACGACAAGGACUAUCGAGCUUUGGCCGUGUUUCCCUUGGCGGCGAUGGAGGAAAUACGUGUGGUUGUGGUGCGAGUGGACUACAAAAGGUCUUUGCGGGAGGCUGUACACGAAGCUGGAGGUCACAAGGGCUUAGUGUUGCAGGAGUACUUUGCCGGCCAUGGAGUCAUCACCAAGGGUUGGCGAGCUGCGAACCAGACGGCUCUACAUCCCAUCGAGCUCUACGAGCAACCACAUCAACAGCUUGGGCCCCGCCCGGAGCAUGACUUGUCCGAUCCUGUACGGCAAGAGUACUACCUCAACCGGCUCCGAGCUCGUGACUCUAACGUGCAGUGGAUAGCCAGCCCGUGCACCACGUUUUGCGACUGGUGUCUGCAGAAUGGAGGCACUCGCACCUUCCAGAACCCGGCGGGAAAACCCACCGCCAAGGAACAAGUUGGCAAUGCUUUGUCGGAGUAUGGAGCGAAGGUGUUUGAAGCAUCGCUCCUGCAAGGUGGCUUCCCCGUGGCCGAGAGCUCGGGCACUUCGGGGCGAUACCCGAAGCAAUGGCAUCUACCCCAAUGGCGCCGGCUUUUGCAACGACCGGACGUCGACUUCAUUGAGAUCGACAUGUGCGCCUUUGGGCUAGGGCCCCCGGACAUGCCGGACCAUUUCUACCGCCACAGGACUGGACUAGCCUUCCCGCAUCAUCCACCUUUGCGCCAAGCUUUGCUACGCCUGUGCCCUGGAGUCUCAGAUAGCCAUCAGCAUAUCGCACUCAAAGGCAAUCGACCUGGGGUCAAUGUGUCUCGCUGCACGGAAGCUGGAGUUUAUGCGGACGCCUUCGUACGCACUGUGGUGGAGACUUUGGUUCACACCUUGGAGGAGCCUGCGGAGCCGGAGGGUGGCCAGAUUGAACCAGAAGAGGGCCAGAACGAGGUCGAUGAUCUUGGGCACCUAAACGAGCAGGAGCUGCAGCAGGUUGCGGGUAUGGCGGUCGACGAGGCGCUGGGUGUGUGGAAUGGUGUCGAGGUCAACAAUCCUCACCGUGAUGAACCGGAUGGGGAAGAGUUCGAGGACGUCGAGGGUCAGGAGUGGGAGAACACUACGGAACCCGGGGCGGAGACGGACAGCGAGCCCAGGACUCGGAUUGUGUGGCAGAACCUUGGCCAGCGCAAUCGUAUGGAGGUCGACGCAGAGAGGGGUUACGUAUGGGUUCACACCAACGAGGCAAGGAAUGACUUGGUGAUGCCAGAGGAGCUCCCCUACCCGUACUGGCCUCAUCGGUUCCACAGUGAAAGGUACACCCGAUGUGAGACGAGGGAUCAGUGGGGUCGUCUGCAGGUGGCCGAGGUGUACGAUGAUUGGAGAGUCCAAGGGCGCGGCCAACCUCCCUUUGCACCAUGGACGGGGGCAACUCUGUUCGUAUUCGAAGAUGGUCAAGUGCCCUGGGUUGAGGUUCCCGUUGAUGAGUCAGGGGGUCCUGAUGCUGGCGGAGGCGGAGGGCACCCGGGAGGAGGACAAGGUGGUUCGCAGUGGGGCGGGAACUCUUGGAACUCCACCGACUGGCAGGGGUUGAACGACCAGGGACAGUGGCAAGGAUGGAGUUCAUGGUCAUGGAGGGGCACCAGGGCUGGAGGCAGCAGCUGGGCCGACUUCGAGCAGGCUGGCAUCUCAGGCAAGGCAGCGACGGCGGCAAUGAGCUACAUCCAGGAGGUCGACAAGAUCCAGGGGAAUGAGGCUCGAGCAUGGCAGACGAUUCGGGAGCGAGGUGACAUGCUUUUGGACCUCACUGGCACGGUCGAGAAGGCGGCCAUCGCGCUGUGGGUGGCUCGGGAGCACCUGGGCCGCAACAACUUGCAAGGGGCAGAUAGUGAGGAGCUCAACGGGCUUUUGCACCCUGACCACCUUGCCUAUCUUCGGGAAGUUCGUGCCCAAGGGAUGCCGGCUCGGUACCAAGGGCAGCGAGAAAGGGUGGCUACUCGCCCCCACCCGAGGGCCAGAGCGGACAUGGGCCAGGUGUACGUCCAGCUGAUGAAGGACAUCGCCAAGCACAGGGUCUUGGUAGCUUCUGCGAACCACCCUGCUUUGAAGCAUACCGUGUCGUCGCCCUUUGAGUUGGUUCCCAAGAUGCUUCCGAAUCGGUCGCUGUCCACAGAGGCCCGGCUGGUUCACGACCAGCGACAGAAGGACGUGGCUGGAGCAUUCCGACUACUUUGGGCUGACCCGAGGGACGCCGAGCUGUUCGCAGGAGAUGUCCCGUGGAAGCCGGAGUUGAUGGGAACUGGUGGGGAGGCGCCUGACCUUCAAGACCUGGGGAACCUGACGGUCAUCUAUUUGGUCUCAAGCUUUGGAUUCUCGGGUUCACCCGGCGAAUGGACAGCAUGGGGGCGGGCCACAGAGGAGGUGCACCGGAAUCUUCGUCCAGUCGAGAGCAGGAGGGACGGGGAGUUGCAUUUUUGUGGCAAGAUCCUCGUCGAUGACAUGGUGUUGGUUGAACCGGUCAUCGGGCUGAGACCAUGGGUGUCCAGUGAGGUGUAUGAGUGGGCAGUGACGCGACUCUUGGGGGAGAAGGCCAUUAACAAGCUCAAGGACGCGGAGGAGGGCUGCUACAGCAAUCAGCAGACC